AUGACACAACCGAUGAGCGACGAAGACUGGAGGGUGUUCGACAUCCUUUGCGGCCAAAAAAUGGAUUCUGAAGACACUAUAAGUAAUCACGAGAUGAUAUCCACUCUGAAAAGCGAGCUGGCUGCUUUGCAGUUCAAAAGAGAUCGUCUUAUAUCCGAGCUGCAAGAUACCAAAGGGCAGCUUCGAACUAGAGAUCAAAGAACGGUAGAGCUCGAGGCCGAAACGGAAAUGUUGAAAGAGCAGCAAGUUAGACAGAAUUCUAUCAUCGCCAGUUUGAGAAAUAGGAUAAAGGAAUUGGAGGAACAAGAAAGAUCGUUGACAAUGUCAUUGGGAAGAGCAGACAUGUCAUCCGAAUCUUUAGCUAGAGAAAAUCGCCAUCAGGCAGAGAAAUGUUCUGAGUUGGAGCGGAGAAUCGAUUUAUUGGAAUUGAACUGUACUAAAGCUGAAAACGCGAGGGACUCGGCAAGGAGAUCAAUGUCAGAGUUCGUGAGUAGAACUUCGAUGGCGUUAGGUUAUGAGUCUUUGAAUUCAGAUUCACCAGCCGCCGUUGAUGUGGUCUUAUCCAAAGCAUCGGAAAUGCAUCAGGAAUUAAACAGACUGCGUCGUAAAAACAUUUCAGCCUGUGAAAAUGUAACCUCGAUAGAAAUAGAAUUGAGGAACUGUAGAGAACAACUAGAAAGGGCCUUGGCUGAUAAAGAAAAUCUUCAAAGACAGGCUGCUGGUCAUAUUCUUGAAAUAGAUAAGUUAAAACAAGAAAAAGAACAUUUGGAAAUGCAACAGAGAGUAAUGGAACGUGAUUUAUCCGAGCUCAGGGAUAAACUGAUGGCAACCAACAGGAGUUUAGGUAUCGCGUCUAACAGCAUAGCUAGUCAGGAGGCCACUAUAUCCACUCUCAGAAACGAUUUAAGAGGGCACGACGAGAGGUGUCAAAAAAUGCAGAUUGACAUGCAACACUUUUUGGAGUCAUUGGCCGUGUGUCUAACGUCGGCGGACGGGUAUGUUCAGUCCACCGAGAGUGGUGUCAAAGACGCGGUGAAGAGGCUAGUCAACGAGUUGGCCACAAAGAGCACACUGCACGGGGAAUCCAAGGACAGGAUAAUCAGUUUGACCGACCGGGUCGAACGGCUGCAGAUCGACCAGGACAGAUUGGCGUCGGAAAAUAGAGUGUUGGCGGAUGAAAGACGCAAUUUAGAGACUCGAUUGAACCACGCUGAGAGCGAACUCAAUGUGUGUGAAAUGACCAAAGAGCAUUUACGUAAUGAUAAAACAAUUUUUGUUACAUUCCUCGAAAAACUUUCGAGAGUCAUGCACAUGGACCAGAUAGCGAAAGACGUUGGAGUCGACUUACACACGGAAUCGUUGCUGCUACGGGCCGAACAGCUUGCCAAACUGGAAUACGAUAAAAACAUUGACAAGUUACUGCUCGGUUAUCCUUAUACGUCGUCGUCGUUAUCCAGACAUCGUUUAUAUUGCGAUUAUCCUUACAGAGAAAGCGCCCUAGUUUAUCAACUGCAACGACGCGUACGUACGCUAAGGGAUCAACUACAAAGACGCGAUCUCCAUCUCGAUUUGUUACGUCGAAAAAUCAGUGUCCAGGAUGAGAGUACAAAAUUACGCACACUUUUGGAAACAGAAAGAGAUGAAGCUAAUAUACGGGCUAAAAAGUUACAAAAACAAUUGGACAAGGCACAGUUACAGUUGACCGAAUGUAGAGCGCAGAUCCGAGACUUGAAACUACAACUAUCCGAUGCUGGAGACUGUAAGUUGACUUCGUUGGAAAGAGCGAAGAAAAUUGACGAUCUCGAGAAACGUCUCGUUGAAUCGGAAAUGUUGCGGAUGCGUUUUUCACGGAAAGUUACUGUGCUCAAAGAACAAUUGAAAUCUACUUCCGAUUGUCACAACCAAGACAAGACUCUGAACGAGCACACGAUGCGAGUGCUACAGGACGACCUGUCAUCGGUUAAAUUCCAAUUGAGUGAAGUGAAACGCCGAGAAUGUUCUCUUGAAGAUCUCCGACGGACGGUUAUCAGCCUACUGGCGCUGGACUCGUCGUGCACCGAUUACGAGAUCACGUCGAAAAUAACCAAACUGGUGGCUGCCCACAGAGAGUUUUCUAUCCUGUCAAAGAGGUACGACGACCCAUUGCCGCCUUACGUUCACCACCUACCACCACCCUCCGAGUCAUCGGACCCGACGACGAUGGACGACUUUGAGAUCCUGAAUAACGCGUACAACAAACGUCCGCUGAGAAAGACCUGA